UUCGUUCGAUUUACAUCGACUUCGUUUGAGAGGAAAAACAUGUCGACCUCAUUCAGAAAACCUCGAAGAAAUUUUCGCAAGAAAAUAACUGUUGACAGUGAAUCGGAGGAUGAAAAGCAGGAGGUGAUCGAUGUUGACAAUGAUCAGAAUGAUAACAAACCUCAAAUUUUCAGCGAUGAAAAGAAGCAGAAGAAAAAGAAAAAAGACAAAGAAUCACAGGAAAUGGGAAUGCAUCGUACUAGCAGCGUUCUCAGCUUCAACGAAGAUCAAGAAGAAGGUGAGGUCUUUAAGGUGAAGAAGUCAAGUCAUAGCAAACGAAUAGCUAGACAACUAAAGAUGCAAUCUAAAUUAGCCCGAGAGGAGGAGGAAAAGCAUCAGAAAAAAGAGGAAACGCCCCCUCGCAAGGCAUCCCCAGUUCGCCGAGAGGAACCACGUGAAGAAAGGGAUGAAGAAAUCAGGAGAUUACGAGCUGAGUUUCAGUCCCUGAAUGGUGAGGAUGCUGAGGAAAAUGAGAGUGAGGAGGAGACUGAGGGUGGCAUUCCACUGAAGAAGAUGAUGAAAAAGGGAGAGAUCCCAGAUGCUACCAUGAUCCACAUGAUCAGAAAAAAACGACAGCAAGCAAGAGAUAUUGGGGACUUCAUACCACUGGAUGACACAGAUCGGGUGGAAAACAGUAAAUCUCGGCUGGUCAGGGAUGAUGACAAUGAUAAAUCUGAUGAUGAAGAUGAUGAGAGGAUAGACUUCUCGGUGAACACACAGGCGAGAGAACGUAUCAAAAUUCAGAAUGACUUCUUGGCAGCAGAGCAUGGAUCAGACAACGAAGACAGCGACCAGGAGAGAGAAUGGGAGGAACAGCAGAUUAAGAAAGGUGUCAGCCUAGGUUCAGAGCAGCAGACAGAUGGAGUAGCUUCAACAGGACCUUCACAUAAUGACCACUACAAUGACCACUACAAUGGAUACCAAGAGGUGGUCAUGGAAAAGAAAACCUUUACACCAUUCCAGAGUCUGACUCAGUCUGGAGACUGCAAAGUUAUAAGUAUGGAGAUUAUCAGAAGGCGGCUCCAAGACAGGUUAAAUUCUAUGGACGAAGUUCACCGUAGCCAUACUCAAGAGAGAGACUCAUUAGUCAGUGAUAUUAGUGACACUGAGAAAAGCAUUGAAACCUGUCAGGAGAAAGUAGCAGGCUUGGAAGGGCGUUACCGCUUCUUCCAAGAAAUGAGGGGGUAUGUGAGAGACUUGGUUGAUUGUCUCAGUGAGAAGGUACCAGAAAUCAAUAACCUGGAGCAGAGAAUGCUUAACCUGUGGAAGAACCAGGCGCGGAAAUUUCUGUCUCGUCGACAGCAGGACGUCCGCGACCAGUGUCAGGAGUACAUGACAAGUAAUGUCAGUGUGAAUAGGGAGUCUCCUGAAUUUCAAGAGAGACAGAGGAGGGCCGCAGAAAGGGAAGCUCGAAGGUCUCGACGAAGGCGAGCAAGGGAGAUGAAAGACAUAGUGGGACACCAUGACGGGUUGUCAUCCGACGACGAAGAAAAUCAUUCAGAAAUAGCAAAAUAUAACCUGGAAAAAGAAUCGGUUUUGGGAGCCCAGGAACAGGUGUUUGAGGACGUCGUGGAGGAUUUCAGCGAAGUGGAGAGUGUCCGAGAAAAGUUUGAGGACUGGAAACAGACGUACAGAGAGACGUACCAGGACGCCUACAUCGGGCUGUGUCUCCCGAAACUUCUUAAUCCAUACAUACGGCUCAGUCUCAUAAACUGGAACCCACUAGAGGCUAACUGUGCAGACUUUGAGGACAUGAAAUGGUUUGAUACCUUAGUAUUUUAUGGAUUCAGACUUCAGGACACAGUGUUUAAAGGCGAUGAUGAUAUUGGACUACUUCCAUCCAUUGUGGAAAAAGUUCUAUUACCUAAAUUAACUGUCACAGCGGAAUCGAUCUGGGACCCAUUGUCGACAACGCAAACCUCCAGGUUGGUGAACGUCAUCUCCAAACUUAGUCGAGACUAUCCCUGUAUCCAAGCUAACAACAAAGCCACACAGUAUUUGUUAAAUGCCAUUGUGAAAAGAAUAAGAACAACAUUAGAAGAUGAUGUGUUUAUGCCUCUGUAUCCAAAAGCGGUGAUAGAUAACAGAUCUACCAAUGCUUCAGUGUUUUUUCACAGACAACUGUGGGUCUGCAUAAAGUUGCUAGGGAACAUCCUGAGUUGGCAUGGUAUUCUGUCCAAUCAGAUGCUGCGUAGUUUAUCAUUGGAUGGACUGCUCAACAGAUAUAUCAUUCUGGGACUCUGUAAUUCAGGUGUGAACAAAGAGACCAUCCAGAAGUGUCAAUCUAUCAUCUCCACAUUCCCCAAAGAAUGGUUCACCGAUUUGGACGAGGACAAGACAAUGCCUCAGCUGGAGAAUGUGAGCAGGUUCCUGGUGUCGGCAGCCAAGACUGUGUACCAGGAGGGACAGAGUAAAAACGACUAUGACAAGAGAGACUCCAGGGAGUUCAUCAAACAGAUCAGUAAAAUGUUGGUCAACAUCCACGCAAUGGAGUAUGCUGUCAAUCUCCCUAUGUGAGCUAGAACACUUAGUACCCAGUCAUGGCUGUACAGUUGUAACUGAUAAUUUAGAACCAGUUUUCUGUCUGAGUGAAAAAUGUGCAACAGAAUGGAUCCCAUUGGUUGUUGAUUUAAAUCCUGCCAGUGAAGAACUUUAACCGUGGUUUUGAUCCAGUUGUGUUUGCCAGUGAAUAACCUUUGGUUGUUGGUUUAGAUCUAAAAGCUGACUGUGAUUGAUUGACUUUGGUUGAUUGUGGAUGAAUGGCUGUUGGGUAAGAUCUUGACUCUGACUGCGAAUUAAUGACAGAAGCUGUUGGUUUAGAUCCAGGUUCUGACGACAGGGGGAAUAACUUUGGCUGUUGGUUCCAGAUGCUGACUGCAGGUGAAUAUUUAGGUCCGGGUCUUAGAUGACAGAAGAGGAUUGUAACAAUGACACUGUUGUACAAACCCUCCAGGCUCCAUGUCAAUAAGGAGAAACCAUGAUAUUUUAUAAUCAGAAAUAUCAAAGUUAUUAUGGACGAAAAUUAACUUAAAUUUGAUACAUGUGACCGGUUUCCUGUUUUCACAUAUCCUCUUUUGAUAUUGGAUCCAUUGAAUAUAUCAAAGUGCUAGACAUCAAAUGUUUAGUGAGAAUGAGACCUUGGUAGAUAUACGAUUUAUUGUUGUGUUGUUAACUUGUAAAUCAGUUCUACAAUAAAAUGUGAAACAUGAUGUAAAAAGAAA